AUGAAUGACUUUGGAAUCAAGAACAUGGAUCAGGUGGCUCCUGUGUCUAGUGGUUAUAGAGGGGUACUCAAGCGUCAGCCUGCCUUUGACACUUUUGAUGGGUCCCUGUUUGCUGGUUUCCCCUCGCUAAAUGAAGAGCAAACACUCCAAGAAGUGCCAACAGGCUUGGAUUCAAUUUCUCAUGAGUCCUCCAACUGUGAAUUGCCCCUGUUAACGCCAUGCAGCAAGGCUGUCAUGAGUCAAGCCUUAAAAGCGACCUUCAGUGGCUUCAAGAAGGAACAGCGCCGCCUUGGAAUCCCAAAGAACCCUUGGCUGUGGACAGAGCAGCAAGUGUGCCAGUGGCUUCUCUGGGCUACCAAUGAGUUCAGUCUGGUGAAUGUAAACCUUCAGAGGUUUGGCAUGACCGGCCAGGUCUUGUGCAACCUUGGCAAGGAGCGCUUUCUGGAACUGGCACCUGACUUUGUGGGCGACAUUCUCUGGGAACAUCUGGAGCAGAUGAUUAAAGAAAACCAAGAAAAGACAGAAGAUCAAUAUGAAGAAAAUUCACACCUCAACUCAGUUCCUCAUUGGAUUAAUAACAAUUCAAUAGGUUUGAGCGUGGAGCAGGCGUCCUAUGGGAUGCAGACACAGAACUACCCCAAAGGUGGUCUCCUGGAAGGCUUAUGUCAGCCCUCCCCUGUGCCUGGUGCUCUUAGCUCCGAGCAGGAGUUCCAGCUGUACCCCAAGUCACGACUCAGUACCAUCGGUAUCAACUACUGUCCCGUCAGCCAGGACUUCCAGGGAAGCAACUUGAAUCUGCUCACCAACAAUUCCGGUAAGCCAAGGGACCACGACUCCACCGACAGUGGUGGGGACAGCUUUGAGAGUUCAGACUCGCUGCUGCAGUCCUGGAACAGCCAGUCAUCCUUGCUUGACGUACAGCGGGUACCUUCCUUCGAGAGCUUUGAGGAUGACUGCAGCCAGCCCCUUGGUCUCAACAAGCCAACCAUGUCCUUCAAGGACUACAUCCAGGAGAGGAGUGACCCAGUGGAGCAGGGCAAACCAGUUAUACCUGCGGCUGUGCUGGCUGGCUUCACAGGAAGUGGACCUAUUCAACUGUGGCAGUUUCUCCUGGAGUUACUUUCAGACAAGUCUUGCCAACCGUUCAUUAGUUGGACAGGGGAUGGAUGGGAGUUUAAGCUCGCCGACCCUGAUGAGGUGGCCCGCCGGUGGGGGAAGAGGAAAAACAAGCCAAAGAUGAAUUAUGAGAAGCUGAGCCGCGGUCUGCGCUACUAUUAUGACAAGAACAUCAUCCACAAGACAUCGGGCAAGCGCUACGUGUACCGCUUUGUGUGCGACCUGCAGAACUUGCUCGGCUUCACGCCGGAGGAGCUUCACGCCAUCCUGGGCGUCCAGCCCGACACGGAGGACUGA